CUUAGACUGGACUAAACUAUUCAAACAGAUAACACUUGGCGUAUAUCUGCUAUCAUUGGUGGGAAUGAUUGCAUUUACAGUCACUCUACACUUCAAAUCUGUUUGGUGUAUGUUUUUGGUUUCGGCAAUUCUCGGCUUCUUUAUGACCGGAUAUCUACCGCUCGGCUUUGAAUUGGCCGCAGAAAUCAGUUACCCUCAGCCCGAAGGCACGUCCGCUGGACUAUUGAACGCAUCCGCACAGAUAUUUGGAGUGAUCUUCACAUUUGGUGGUUCAGCGAUCAUAGACUCGUACAACAGUUUAUCCGCAAACUUAGGUUUUGUGGGCGCUUUAGUCUUGGGAUCCGUACUCACGGUUCUCAUCAAAGCUGACCUCCGAAGACAGUCGGCCGAAAAGAACACAAAUAAUGCAAACAAUGAAACAAAACAAUUGAAUCAAAUU